AUGAAGUUCCGAGACGAUGAACAGAUUCUAAACUAUCAUGAUGCAGUUGUCUAUGGAUCCGACCUACGAAUCGUUCAAAGUGAAACAGAUUGGUUGAAUGAUUCCUGUAUUCAGUUCUACAUGAACGUGCUGCAGUACUCUGGUGAAAACAACCACCAGAACCACCGCUUUGUGGAUCCGUCCGUGAUUUCCUUCUUUGUGCAUCAGUGCACAGACCAAGACGAUAUAGAAGAUUUCAAAAAAGGAUUUGAUCUUCCUGUAGAUGGGAAAUUGUUUAUUCCAGUCAAUGACACCAUGAGAUUGUGUGCGAAUUGGAUGGUCCCAAACAGCGGCACCCAUUGGAGCCUCCUUGCGAUUGUAUUCGAGAAAGGAGUUGGGGUCGCUGCUUGGCACUUUGACUCUAUGCGAUCCAGCGGGAAUAUCAAUGCUGCUGGAGAUAUUCUAAACAAGUUAUCAUUAGUGUUUCCUUCCAUUCCAGUACUUCUUGAAAGGACAAAACUACCAGUCCAAGCCAAAGCACCCCAACAGACCAAUUGCAACGACUGUGGAGUACACACCCUCGUUACAGCCAUGUUAGUAUCUACAAUGAAUGGAUCAAAUCUAGCCAUACAUGAAGAACGGAUACAGGAGUAUGUAAAAUCCAAUCCAAGCUUUUGUAAGGAAAUGCGCGCCACAAUAGCGAGUGAAAUGAUCCAGCAAGCUUCGCUGAAAUGA